AUGGCCUCCUAUUCGAUCAGAGGCUAUAUUGGUGCAAGCAGGCCGUUGAAGCGGCUAUCUCGGGAGAAUACCAAAUACUACUGCCCUCGUAUACAUGGGAAUUAUACAGAUGCGAAGACUGAUAUCUUUGCUCUUGGGUCUACUAUCUAUUCGAUUAUGAUGGGACAUCAGCUCAAGCCUCUUAUUGACAAAGUGUGCGAAGAAGCUUCCAUCAUGAAACCUGACGCAAUUCUCAGCAAAACUUGGAAUUUCGGAACUCAAAAAAGUCGUAGAGAAGAUGGCUAUUAG